UUCAGCGCGUCGAUUUCUGGGUAGAACCACUCAACAGGUGCUGUGGUGAAACUGAGCACAUGCUCACGUCAUGUCCCUUUUUGAGAGCAGAGGGUGAGAGAGAGCAUUGCAGCUAAGGGGAUGCAUGUCGCUGGAUAUAAUAUGAUGUCAUCAGACGUGUGGUCUUGUACAUGAAGCUUUAUCUGAUCAGAUGGACUGGAAACAGACCGACAGACCAAGGGAGGAUUCAAAGCUUCCUGCUCCAUGUGCCCUCUGGCCAGUGGACCUGAAAUUAACACACACUGACUGCAGUCCUGGGAAUAUGUUAGUACACUUUCAAGGUCAAUAUGCUACCAUCUGUGAGCUGGACUACAACAUUCUCAGAGUGGAAAUUCAGAACGUCCCCAAAACAACUGUAUCUGUGGAAGUUGGAGACUUCUGCUUGGUGGAAGAUUUGCAAUCUAGUCACUGGCACAGAGGAAGAGUUCAGAACAAGUCAGAAGAUUUGUUUGAUGUGUUCCUGCUGGAUCAAGGAAAUAUUCUUAGUGUUGGUCCCGAACAUUUGUCUACAAUUUCUGAUUCCUUACUCAUGCUUCCACCAAAGAUCGUCUGUGGGUUCUUUGCUAAUGUGCUGCCAGUUCAGGAAUGCUGGGACCAACCAUCGGAGGCAUACUUCUCCUCUUUGAUAGGCAGACUCAUCAAAGGAUAUAUCCAUGGCCUUCUGCCGUACAAGAUUCUUAUUCUGGAAGUGCCGGAAAUAACCAAAGAUUUAUUAAGAUUGAGCUUAGGCAGACAUGUGGAUACAGACACGUUUCUGCUACUGGUGGAACUGGAGAUAGAAGUACCAAUUCAACAAGGUUGCGAGUCUGUCCCAGAUUUGCUCAUUGAAAAGCAAAUUGCACAAGAGAUUUCCUUUAAAUCCUCUGGUUUAUGUGGCUAUGAAAAUGUUCUUUCGCUUGCUGGCCCUAAGUUGGAUGCUGGACAGAAGGAAAGAGUUCGAAUAGCUGCUGCCAUAAACCCCGGGUUAUUUUACUGCCAAACGUCCUCUGCUGCAAAGGACCUCAAAGAGAUGUCAGAAAGAUUGGCGCUCGUGUGCGAGUCAAGGAAUGGUGACAUCAGAGACAAGCCUGGCGAAAAUAUGGGCUUACUCUGUGCGAUCAAAGGCAAAGAUGAGAGAUGGCACCGAGGUUUUGUGCAAUGCCUCCCUGUUAACUCCCAAGUUCGAGUCGUGUUCGUUGACUAUGGGUAUUGUGAAUCUGUAAAAGUUGAGAAAAUCAUUCCGUUACCAUCAGAGUUUCUCCUGAGACCAGUCAUGACUUUUCCAUGUUCUCUUUCUUGUUUGGGUGACAAAGACAAAGUCACAGUGAACCAGCAGCUGGUGCUUCUCAGAAAAGGGUUACUGGGUAAGGAGCUUGUGAUUACAGUCGACGACUUAAACAAGGAAAAGAAUGUCUUUUCAGUCACGCUCGGCAACGUGGUCGAGUGUGCACCUAUCAAAACCGUACAAUCUAAAGAAGUCGAUACAAUGGCAAGCAGGGGUAUUCUCAUUAAUGCGCACCGAUUGAGUUACAGCCCACACGAGGCAAAAAAGAUGGGGAACUCGAAGAAUUUGGUUGCUUUUGAACACCUACAGGAUGGCUCUGUGUUUGAGGGUUACAUUGAGCAUGUUCAGAGUCCUCAUGAUUUCUGGAUGAGAACAGCAGAGUCCAAUGAUCGAUUCGAGGCCAUGAUGAAUAAACUGACGGAUUGGUUUAGUAGAUUACAAGUGAAUGAGGAAAUCCUUCAGGAUCCAGUGCCCGGUGAACUCUGUUGUGCCAUGUAUGAAAAAGACAGGCAUUACUACAGAGCUCUUGUGGUGGAUAUUAUUGAAUAUGGUGCUGAGGUGUUUUUCAUUGACUUUGGAAACACAGAAAAGGUGCCGAGCAUGGUGAUAAAGAAAAUACCCGAUGAAUUUACUGUGGAGCCAGAGUUUGUGCUCAAUUGUUCCUUAGCUCAUGCUGUUCCGUUGGAAGAAGUCUGGACCACUGCAGCAACAGACUUCUUCAGGAAAGCCACCUCAAAUAAAGUGAUCCUGGUUCAGGUCAUUUACAGAAGGAGUGAUGUGUAUGGUGUGGAGUUGUACGAGAAAGGGUUUGAGAAAAGUGAAAGUAUUACAAGACUUUUGACAAAUGCAAAAAUGGCAGCAUACUGGACUUUCAGUGUGAUGAAAACUCCUGGCACACCUGUAGAAGAGAAUAACAAAACGGGCAAGACAUUUGCGAGAAGGCAGUUUGCUGAGAAGUCUUGUGAAAGUAUGUCGCAGAAACGCCCCGGCGAGUUGACAAGUCAAGAAAUCGCCACGGACAAACGAGUCCACACUGAGACACAAAAAUGCCGUGAUGUAGAAAUUUUCCAAGGUCAGAAGUUUAAGCCAGGAGCUCUGAUUAGUGUCCAUUGUUCACAUGUCAGUUCCCCAUCAGAUUUUUGGUGCCAGGACAAGAAAAACAAGAAUGACUUGGACAGAUUAAUGCAAAGACUGCAAAAGUUUUACCAGACAAACACCUCUGUGUUGCUGCCCCAGACUGUAUGUUGUGCGGUCCGGUUUCACCUGGAUAAAAAGUGGUACAGGGGGUGUAUUCUUGAAGAAACGAAUCUAAACGUUAAGGUGAUUCUAGUUGACUAUGGCAUGGUUGUGCAAGAAAAGCUGCAGAACCUUCAAGCACUAAAUCCUGAGUUCCUUGAGCUUGAAUGGCAAGCAUUCAGAUGUAGUUUGUACAACUUAAUUGACCCAGUCGGAGGAGAUGUGUGGUCAGAUGAGGCAAGCACCUUGUUAAAGGAUUUUACGUCCGGAAAGUCACGUAAUCUUAAAUGCAAAAUCAUCUCCCAGCUCUUUGUUGCAAAUAAAGGCCUCUUCAAUGCGGUUGACUUGUACACGCCUGUUCAACGAGCCUCCGAACAUCUCAUAGAAAAGGGUGUUGCCAAAGAAAUACAGUGUCCAAACCAGCUACUUCCAUCUGUCUAUCCAUGCUCUUUUGUUUAUUCUUCUUUUGACAUUACCAAUGGAACUGAAGAGUUGGUGUUCCCCACGCAUGUUGUCAGUCCUUGGGAAAUCUAUGCCCAGCUGGACAGAAAUACUGAGAUUAUUGAGCAACUUAUGGACAGAGCUAUGAAGGAAAGUGAAGAGUUAGUGAGUCAGAUGCAUACCGGUAAAACUGGCAGUGUUUGCUUGGCAAAAUAUUCCGAAGAUGGCAAGUGGUACAGGUCAUUUGUUUUGCCUGCUCAAUCCAGUCUACACGUUAAUGUAUUCUUUGUAGAUUAUGGAACCAAGCAGGUUGCUGAAAAAAAGAACGUGCUAUCCAUUCCCAUAAAGGCAGUUGAUUUGCUUUUGACUCCCAUGCAAGCUUUAAGGUGUAGUCUUUUAGGUGUUCCUGAGGAAGAACAUUUGCCUGAAGUUAAUACAUGGCUUCAGAAGGCCACUCUCAACAGGGGUCUUCAAGCAAAAUUUGUAGCAAUAAACAGUAGCGGGCAUUUCCUUUGUGACCUGUUUGAUGGUGACAUUCAUAUCAAUGAGAAAGUAAGAGAGAUGUUUGCAAUUCAUGGACAAAAAGGUAAAUCUGUCAGAAAUCCGUCAAUCAGUGAUCGCUGCAAAAAAGUUGUGAAUGUAUCUUCUGUGGGCAACAAAUUCAAUACCAAGGGAAGGCAUCGUGUGGAAUCUGUAGUCAAAUCACAGAGGACACCAGGCCAUAGCAAAGUCGUACAUGGAAAUGGACAGUCUUGUCAAAAUAAAUCAUUUAAAUUAAAAGCUCCACAAACAUCUCGCAAUCUAAAUGGUGGUUCUGCAAUAAAUGGCCAGGCCAAAGAAAAAAACAGCUGGAAGCCCACUAAGCAACCGCAGAAAGAAAAGAACACCAUUUCAAGCACCGUACAGCCCUGUAAGGCGUUUCCAAAAGUUAGUGAUCUACCAGCCAUCAGAAUCACACCAGGUUUCAGAAGCAUCGGGUUCAUUUCUCACUGUAACUCGGUUGACAGCUUCUUUAUCCAACUGGAAAAGGAUGAACAAAAUAUCCUUAAAAUGAGGGAAGAACUAAACAGCAGCCCUUUCACAAAAAGUGUUGCCUCAAAUGUAAAAGUAGGGGAUCUGGUUGCUGCUAGGUAUGAGGAGGACUUGGCCUUGUAUCGAGCUGCUGUCAACAGUGUAGCAUCCAGUGGUUACCUAACAGUUGAAUUUAUUGACUAUGGAAAUACAACAACUGUUGACAAGAAGAUGAUUCACCAAUUAGCAAGCAAGUUUCUCUCUGAAGCAAGAUUAAGCACUCACUGCAAACUUCUAAAACCAUACAAAUUGGAGGAUGUUGAGUCUUUUUUCAGUGAUGCAUAUGAGAAACCUCUGAUGGUGGAGUUUGUGCAGAAUCUUGGCUAUGCCUGGGAAGUGAGCAUUCAGGGACUUGACCCUGUGCAUGAGUCGAGAGAAUCUAAUACUGCUGAAAGAAGAGAAGACAAGGUUCAAGAUUCAGGCCAAACCAAGCAAAGGCAAGCGCUGUAUGCAGCAGUACAUGAAGAUGACUCUUCCCUUACGAGUAUCUGUGAAAAGACUGAAGCAGAAACAACCAGCAUUGAAGAAAACACAAAAAUACUGGAAACUGGAACCAAAGAAAGUAAAAUGGUUCAAGAGAAAACCAUGGAAGAAGCGCAGGCCACAAGAGCCACAGAAUGCAUGCAGAAAUUAAGAACAAAUAGAAAAGCCUGUGUCUACAGACGUAAACAUGAUGAGAAACGAGGUGUUUGCCGAAGCGAUUUGCCACAGAAGCCUGAAAUACAGAUCAGUGUUGCAGAGAAUGAACUUUCCAAUAUAUCAAGCAAUUCAUGUGGUUGGUCUGGUUCAAAUAAGCAUAAAACCUCUGUUGAACUACCAGAGAGCGUAGGAGUUGAUGGACAGGAUGUUGGUAUAAACAAAUGUCAGUCUGUUGUAGAUCUGCCAACUUCAAAAGACGAUUGCCCUGCACCCGUGGCCAUUCCCCCUGAGGCGCCAGUGGACAAAGGAGAUCAGAUAAGACGUCUGUUUCUUGCACCAGUUAAAAAGGAUCACGAAUACUCAGGAUUUGCAGUAGCAGUCACCACACCUGGUGAAUUUUACGUUGUACUUGAGGACCUACUUCUCAUCAUGAAUGCUGUAUCAAAUGUCCUUGAAGACCUACCAGAAGACUUGGCUCCGUUGCCAGAGGCUCAUCUGGUUCCUGGUACCGGUUGCCUGGUAAAGCCUGAAGAAAAGAAGAAAUGGUGUAGAGCAGAGAUAGUACAACGCGAUGGCGCGUCAGUGAUCGUUAAUCUCGUUGAUUAUGGGUAUUGUGUACAUUUGGCAUGCCAAGAUGUCUGCAAACUUAAAACACUUCCUAUUGCGCUUGCUGGACUUCCGAAGAUCACUCACCCUUGCUUGUUAAGAGGAAUUAAGCCAGCUGAUGAUCUGCAGUGGUCUGACCAUGCUGCUAUGUUUUUCCAACAGUGUAUGUACCAAAAAAAUCUUAAGAUCCAUUUCAGACAGUAUGUCUCCGAGGCACAGUGGGAGGUUGAUGUUGUCACGUCCGACAGAAACGUCGCUAAAGAGGUGGUUGAUGCUGGUCAUGCGCACUACAUAGACACUGUGCUUGGAAUACGGUUUCAGCAAGGACUAGGCCAUAAAAGGGAGAUCAAGUCCAACCCUGUCUACGAAGCUACAUCUGGAAAACAUGAACACAAACAGUCAAAAAUGGAGGAAGUGCCACAUAGAUAUUUGGAAGACGUGUCCUCAAAUGAUGAUGAAGAAAUUUCCGAAGGCUGUAGUACAGAAGGAGAGACUGAAGACCCCUUCAGUGGAAGCCCUGACCAACGUGGGUCAACACAGAAAACGUAUGGUCUGAAGUCUACUUUAAGCCAAUGUGUCAGCGGACUGCAGUGAAGUCAGCAGUGGGUUUCCUGAAUGUCCCAAAACAGGAAUUUAUGCUGAGAUAUCAUUGUUUUGUUAUUUUAUUGCUUGAUUACUGGCUUAGUUGAUAUUUUGAUUGUUAAUCUCAUUCAGAAUAUUUGUUAAAUAUGAAUAUGGAAUAUGAAUAUAGAAUUUGGACUUUUUUUGUUUGUUGUCUUAAAUGUCGGUUUUAAAAACAUGGUCUUAAGAAAAAGAUCAUUUUCGUUUGGUUUAAAAGAAAAUAAGCACUUGAUUGUUGUAAUUGAGUGAAAUGUGUCAUUUUCAUUUGCGUUCUUAUAUUUUUUGGGAUUGUGCAAAAGCAGAUUUUUAUUUUUAGAUGAUGCAGUGAGCAUCAUCUGCAGUGCUUUAAUUUAUAUUUAUUUUUUAAAAUUUUUUUACAGUGCAUAUCUGUAUGUUUAGUUUUGAAAUAAUGUGUUCAGGAGUUCAAAAGAAGAUUAUGGUUUUUGACAGAAGUCGCAAGUUUAUUAUGAUAUUGUCUCAUUGUCCUGUAAAAGCAAACAAACAAAUGGCCUGUUCUUGUUCAAGGUUUGUUUUAUUACAGUAGAUUAUGCAAACAUUUAUUCCUGGAAUAAAAUGUGGGGGACAAAAUGUUGAAGAAA